UGUAGUCACGCCGGCUGUACAGAGAAACGGAGGUUGCUGUGGUAUGAUUUGGGGCCAGAGGAAAGAGGUUGGGAAAUGUUUGUGGAGUCGUAGCCAGACACUAAAGGAAUGAGAACCAGUGGUAAGGAACUGAGGAGAAGGAAGCUCGUGGAUUAUUUCAGGAGACCGUGAGCUACGUCCUGCUGCUGUGUCUGGAUCACUAGUAUUUAAAAGAGCUUGUUUGGACCGUUCAUUAUUUCACAGUCUGUUCCUGAGCUAUGUCCAUGGCGGUUCUCGUGCAGCUGGCCUCGCAUGGCGGGUCGCGCGUGUGCCGCAGGAUGGUUCUAAACAGAGUUCGUUUUAUUCAGGACAAGCUGGUGCGAUUGCUGCACAGCCCGUCAGGCACCCGCGCCAGCAAUUCGCGCUUUGACCCGGACAGCAGUGGACGCCCCACUACCUGGGACUCGUUUGGCAUUUGGGACAAUCGCAUCGACGAGCCGAUUCUGCUGCCAUCCAGCAUCCGCUACGGCAAACUCAUCCCCAAAGUCAGCUUGUCCAAGGUGGGCUACGCUUCGCAGAUCGGCCAGCGCAAAGAGAACGAGGACCGUUAUCAGGUGUCACAAAUGACCAAUGACAUCCUUUAUUUCGCGGUGUUCGAUGGCCACAGUGGCGCUCAGGCUGCUGACUUUUGCCAUAAGUACAUGGAGCAGUAUAUUAAAGAGCUCGUGGCAAAAGAGGACAACCUAGAAGUCGUCCUGACAAACGCGUUUCUAAACGUGGACGAAGCAUUAGCGAAGCACCUUAACUUCAGUGCAGAUGCCUCUGUGCUAUGCGCAGGCACUACGGCUACGGUGGCGCUGCUGCGGGACGGCAUCGAACUGGUGGUGGCCAGCGUGGGAGACAGUCGUGCCAUGCUCUGCCGGAAGGGCAAAGCACUUAAACUCACCGUGGACCACACACCUGAGAGGAAGGAUGAGAAAGAGAGGAUCCGUAAGAGUGGAGGUUUCGUGACGUGGAACAGUCUGGGCCAACCUCAUGUAAACGGGCGACUGGCCAUGACGCGGAGCAUCGGAGACUUUGACCUGAAAAACGCCGGCGUCGUCGCGGAACCAGAGACCAAGCGGAUUUCAUUACAUCACGUACACGACGCCUUCCUCGCACUCACCACAGACGGCAUCAACUUCAUCAUGAACAGCCAGGAGAUCUGUGACGUCAUCAACCAGUGCCACGACCCAAAAGAGGCAGCACAGCGUCUCUCUGAACAGGCCUUGCAGUACGGUGCAGAGGACAACAGCACGGUCAUCGUGGUGCCGUUCGGCGCGUGGGGUAAACACAAGAGCUCAGACGUGAGCUUCUCCUUCAGCCGCAGCUUUGUGUCCAGCGGCCGCUGGGCAUGAGUGACUAAAGGACAGACUGAAAGGGAGAGAGGGAGGAGGAGGAGAUGGGGGUGUUUGAACAAAUCGGUGGACCAGGUGGGAGGAGGAUCCCAGAGUUCAACAAUUCAAGGGUGUUAUGGGAACAGAAAGAAAAGACUGACGUUUAGACGAGGACCCGGUUCAUAACUUCGUAGUUCUGAUGAGAGACAUUGAAGCAAUUUGUGUGAACAAUACCGUAUUAGGAAUAUUCCAGUGUACAGCAGAUCUGCUUCCCUGAAGAAAAGCAGCGCUUUAGUUUCCAGUAUGUGCGCCCUAAUCAGUGUUUCUAAAAGAGAACAAGACCAGUAACGGCACGUGGCCCGUCGUUUGCCGUAUCAACGGUUGUCUAGUUUUACCUCUGAAUAUUGUAAAGUGUGUAUAUUUUAUAACUGUGAAUAGAAGGUAGUUUUUUGACUUGCAAGCAUGUUUGAUGGGUCAAGUACACUUGCACUUUGUCACGCUGAUUCUCGGUAGCUCUUGCUUCCAUGGCUUAAAGUGCUUCUCUGUCAUUUCGAAGCUUCGAUUGUCCAGACAUAUUGGACGCGCUAGUGGCCGUGACCUUGAGUUAUUUUUUUUAUAAAUGAGUUAUGUCAGUAGCACUACUCUGUACAAACCUGUUACAGCAUUCCUUCAAUAAUAAGAUUUUGUUUUUUAAAGAGCCCAACUAUAACACUGUACUAGGAUACUAGUAAACCAAACAAAAACGUAGAUGCUCCUGUAUCUGCAUCACAGCUGUUAAAUUCACGUAGACCCCUCCGUGAUGUUUUAUUCACACUGAGCAUUUCUUGCUGAGCGAAUAGGUACAAACAGCGUGAUGUUGCACUUAUCCAGGGGCAGCUGCUAAACGUUUGAUCAUCUUAAAGGUGCAGGCAGCUGUUUUUGUUUUUUUUGGGGUUUUUUUAAAAACAUUUUAUAUUCUCACAUUUCCGCAGCUGUCACUUUGUUAUCCACUAGUCGCAGCCGGAAGUGCUUGAUGUAUGCAAACACGACAGUGAAAUGAAAAAGAUCAUUUUUCAUUUAAAAAAAAAUCCCCAACUUCCACCAGGAUUCAGAUGUUUUAGCCAAGAUUGAGUGCACAUGUGGUUUUGGGGGGGUGUUUUUGCAGGCAACUUGGGUAGCUCCUGCUACCUUCUGACAAAAUCGCUCAACUGUUCAAAACUGUUCCGUCUCACAAUAAAGUUAAUCUGGAUCACUGUUAGCACAACGUUCUACUCAUCUAGUGCCUUUUUGUUUCAGUGGUUAACUCUCCCCAUGCAAGCACAGUGAUUUGAUAGUUUAAAACACUAAUAUAGACUCGUUAAAAAUACAGACUUAUAGCUUGAGCUCGUACACAAACACUUUUGUAAGAGAACGGUCCUCAUAAGCGUAUUUGGUACAGGUUUGUUUUUUACUGUAUGUUUUGUAUAUAAUAAUAUUUAUAUAUUUUGAUGUUCAAGAAAUAUAUAUAUAUAUAUAUAUAUAUAUAUAUAUAUAUAUAUAUAUAUAUAUAUAUAUAAUAUAUAUAUAUACACACACACACACACUGUUGUAUAGAUGUGAAGAUGUUUCUGACUUUAUUAAAUUGUAAUAGACUGUAACAGUGACUCAGUUCUGGAUUGGGACCCUCUUAUAUGUUUUGGUACAAAAAAAAAACAGCUUCACCCUGGAAUCUGCAUACACAAUGUUUUACAAACAGAUAUUUAUUUUUGGUGUCCAUUUUUGUUGUUUUCUUAUAUACAGGUCAUUUAUGAUGUUUAGAAAUAGACGACGAAUGUGACUGGUAUUGAUGUUUAAUCCAAAACUGACCAGCUACCUUCUGCCAAAACACAGUCUGAGCUGGACAGACUAACCAACUGAUUAGUUAGUUUUCAGUUUGCUUAUUACGUCACUAAAACGAUCAAUACAUGUUUUAGAUUGCUCAAGAGGUGCACCAGAAAAGGGCUCAAUCUCUUGUUAGGAGAUCGUGAGCUGGAAUCCAGAGGCUGACGCGGCCUCUCUGUGGCCAGGUGUCCAAGAGAGCACAGUUGGAUGGUGUCAAAUAGAAAGGACACUGGUCAGUCAGUCAUGGGCAUCUGUGAGCUCAUGUAUGCAGAAGAGGGCAGAUAGCGCUUUCCUCCUCUGAAUGUGUUGCACUGCCCUGUGACGCAGCAGUUCAGACGGAAGCUUGGAGGAAGGAUGUGUCAUGUGUCAGUGUUACACCUUCCCCGGGUUGUAGCUGUUCUAUGAUAGAGAAGAGCUGGCUAGUGACUGGGAAUUGGACAAGACCAAAUUAGGUAGAAAGGAGUGGAGUGGGGGGGGGAUGGGGGUGACAACUGAUGAUGAAGGAUCAGUAUCAGAAAGUUCAAACUUCAUAAGUGUUUCCUUUCUACAAAUACAUAGCAGCCAGCACGGAUGGUCUACCAGUGUUUUGGCAGCUGGUAACUUUUCAGACCAAGCUUGUUUGUUAUAUGUCUUUAGUGUUUUUCCCCCAUUUUACUGUUCCUGCUUCCUCUCGGAGCCCUCGGUACUAAACAUACAUCCGCUCUAUACAUUUAAUGCACAGUCUAACUGGUAGAGUGUUUAAUGCGAUGCCCGCUCUACUAUUGAUUUUAGGAAGCUUCGUCCAGUUCAGAUCAAUCUCAAACCCUUUCGAUUUUAACUGAUUGUUUUAGAUCAGGGGGAAAUGUGCGGGAAUCAACUAAUCAUCCCUACUCUGUCAUCAUUAUCAUCACUCCAUGCUCUGUUGAAAUAAAAUAUGAACAUUUGAAGAAAAGUGUGAGACAGUCACUGUGCCUUUCACUGUUCUGCUGUUGUAUGGACAUGUUUCUUACUUAUACUGCAAAAACUGUGUUUGUGCAGCUUUAUUUACUUGUGAAUAAAGUUUCAGCAGAAACAGGAAUGUAACAUUUAUUGCUGACUUUAAGUGUUUUUAAAAAUUUAUUUCACAUUUUAGUUCAAUUCGGUUUUAUUUGUAUAUGACCGUGGGUGUUCCGGUUUGGGUCCAGCAGGGUGCGCUGUUGCAGACUUUAAUCUGUUAAUAUGACCACAUUAAAGCAGGCUCCAAAUCCUGCAGAAACUCAUUUCUCUCUAUAGUGAGCAGUUUAGUGUUUGUUUAAACUAAGGAAUUAACCAGAGUCUCUGUUUUGUAAGAAACAUUAAUCAUCUGUGUCUAAUAAAGUGAAAUAUUCAGUGAAA